ACAGCAGGAACCAAACCACCAAGCGGCCUUCCUCUACCUCCUAUCUUCCAUUCCAUCUUCUGAAUUUUGGCCUUUUCCUGAGAAUUUUAUGCUUCGCUUCACAACUUUCCAAUAUCCCUCACCCUGCUGAUGCUCCCAUUUAACCCAAAAUUACAAAAGAUACUCAUCAAAAAAUGAACUUGAUGGUGAUAGUUUAGUCCCUUUCAUGUCUGCUCCCUCCUUUUAAAUUACUUCUCCAUUUAGCAUUUAUACUUCUAAUUAUCUCCACCUUCACCGUCCUCCCCUGAAAAAAUAGAGAAAAACAACACUACCCAAAAUAGAAUUCAGAAUGGAUGAUUGUUUGAUUGACUUGUUCGACGACCCAGAUUUUGGAGAAACCAACUUGGCCGGAGACGAUCUGUUUGCUAUUCUGGACAGUUUGGACAACAUCGUUGAUAUUUCUCCGGCUGCAACGCCGAAUGAAACUGCUGUUAUUAGGCGGAAAGAAGUGGAAGAAGGAACUAGAUUGGUGUCCCAGAAGUCCACUUCUUCCUUACAAGAGUUGUCGGAAACGGAGCCAGAAACCACCCCCAAGAGCAAGAGACAGAAGGUAAGUACUACUUCGUCGGAAGAAACAAACCCAGAUGGACAACUGAAGAUGUCACAUAUAACCGUGGAGCGCAACCGGAGAAAGCAGAUGAAUGAGCAUUUGUCCGUGUUGAGGUCGUUGAUGCCUUGCUUCUAUGUCAAAAGGGGAGAUCAAGCAUCUAUUAUCGGCGGCGUGGUGGACUACAUCAAUGAGUUGCAGCAAGUUCUACAAUCAUUGGAAGCUAAGAAACAGAGAAAAGUUUACUGUGAAGUUUUGAGUCCAAGACUUGUUUCGAGUCCAAGAGUUCCGUCGCCGCUCAGUCCUAGAAAACCGCCAUUAAGUCCCCGACUGAACUUGCCGAUCAGUCCACGAACCCCACAACCUGGGAGCCCUUACAGGCCUAGAUUGCAUCAACAAGGCUACCUCUCCCCGACAGCUAUGGGCGGCGGCGCUGCAGUACUUGAGCUGUCACCAACUUCUUCCUCCACCUCCUCCACCUUGGACACGGUCAACGAGCUGGUGGCAAACUCCAAGUCUGCGGUAGCUGAAGUGGAAGUGAAGUUUUCUGGAGCAAAUGUUCUUUUGAAGACGGUGUCUCCUCGGAUUCCGGGUCAGGCUGUGAAAAUUAUUUCUGCUCUUGAAGACCUGUCUCUUGAAAUUUUAAAAAUGAGCAUCAAUACCGUUGAUGAAGCCAUGCUUAACUCCUUCACCAUCAAGAUUGGAAUUGAAUGCCAACUGAGUGCUGAAGAACUCGCCCACCAAAUCCAGCAAACAUUCUGCUAAAACAAGAACAUUACUCGCUCUUAGUGUUAAAGUAAUUGGUCUAACAAAGGAGAAGAGAGGGAACAACAGUAUCAUGCAUAGUAAUUUUAGCAGUUGCAUUAAUUUUUAUUUCAUAUAACAAGUUCUAAUGUAAUUGUAGAUCAGGUCAUGACAUGCAUAUCUAUUGAUAUAUAUAGCUUGUAAUUUAGAAGUUCCUAGGUCUAGUUGCAUGGGUAGGGAUUGUAUUGCUCCCUUCUGUUCCUAUAUAAUUGUUGUUUUUUAAAUGAAUUUAGUCUCAAUUA